AUGAGGGAACCGACGGGCAACGAGGACGUUUACAACGACCAGGACCGCCGCAGCCAAUGGACCGACUUCGUGGCGCUGGCCAGCUCCCACAUCGCCGAGGAGGAGCUGCUGCAGCAGCUGGACAGAGGCAUCGGGCAGUUCGGUUGGCGGUAUCCCGCGCUCUAUGAGGCGCUAUUUCGUCAGUUCCCCGCCGUAUACUACAUGCUGGAGCGUGCGAGGACCCUCGGCAUAACGUUUGGCUCGUGCAUGGCUGGCAGCAGCUCUCGGCGGCAGAGCCACAUCAAGAGAGCCGCCCGCGCUCAUGCUCUGACGCCGCGGAACGCAACGGCGGGUGGCAAUGGCGGCGGCGGCGGCGGCGACGACGACGACGAUGACGCGUGCCCUGCGCUCCUGGUCAUGGCCGGGAUGCAGCCCACCAUGUUCAUCUGCAAAGAUGCCAACUUUGGCGCGCCCUGUAUAAAGCUUGAAGUACCUCCUGGGAUGUGCGUUGACAUACCCGAGCCGUAUACACAACAAGGAUCCUCUUUUCAACCGAAUGAGGCGGCCGGCUCCUGCAUGCUAUAUGACGGACCGCAGUGCUCAGGGUUUAACAUUGCCAUCACGAGCAGUGUGACGCAGUUCGAACAGGGCCCCGACGACGGUAUCAACUGGAACGACCGAGGCUACUCACUCCUCUGCAAAGUGGCCCCAGACCUUGCGCCCGCAGCGCCGCUGCCGCCGCCCAUGGCAGAAUGCGAGAAAAUUAACAGGCUGACCAUCUUCUUCAAGCUAGGGAGCUUCGGCACGCCGGACAGACUCGACGCCAACAUUGGCGGCGUGCCCUUCUGGCUUGCGACGAAUCCCGCGGGGUACCUCAAGGUGUGGAAGACGGUCGACCUCAAGCAGGCCUUCAACAGUGCCAAUAUUCCCCUCAAGGAUAUCUCCGCCAUCGGAAUCCAAGCCACGCAAGAGAAGCUGAUAUUCUCGCGAUCCUUCAAACCUGUCUCUUAUACACAUCUAGAUGUGUAUAAGAGACAGGGGUACAACAAGGCACAACUACAUGUAGACGAGGUUCCUGACAAGCACGGGCGACCGACACUUAGAUGGGCCAACUCCGAGUCCGGCUGGAUCGGCCGCAGCCCUACCUUGGUCAGCCAGCAGGUCUGGAGCACCAAGAUCGCCCUCGGCGAGUGGCACCCAUCCGGAGGCUCGAGCCGCGAAGCGUACGGGCCAAAGGUCGGAAAGGACGAGCACUAG